AUGGCUUUCAACUUCGGGGCUCCCUCGAGCGCCUCAGGCACUGCUGCAGCUACCGCAGCUCCUGCGGGUGGGUUUGGAGGAUUUGGGACAACAUCAACAACUGCAGGUUCUGCGUUCAGCUUUUCCACCCCAGCUAACACAGACACCACUGGACUCUUUGGUGGUACUCAGAACAAAGGUUUUGGAUUUGGUACUGCUUUUGGCACAACAACGGGAACUAGUACUGGGUUAGGUACUGGUUUGGGAACUGGACUGGGAUUCGGAGGAUUUAACACACAGCAGCAGCAGCAGACUAGGUUAGGUGGUCUCUUCAGCCAGCCUACACAAGCUCCUACCCAGUCCAACCAACUGAUAAAUACUGCAAGUGCUCUUUCUGCUCCAACACUACUGGGAGAUGAGAGAAAUGCUAUUUUGGCAAAAUGGAAUCAACUGCAGACCUUUUGGGGAACAGGAAAAGGAUAUAUCAACAAUAACAUUCCACAAGAAAAUCCCUUCUGCCGAUUUAAGGCAGUAGGCUAUAGCUGCUUGGGCUGGGAUGAAGAUGGGUUAAUAGUUUUAGUUUUCAACAAAAGAGAAACAGAUAUUCGAAGACAGCAACAGCAAUUGGUAGAAUCAUUGCAUAAAGUUUUGGGAGGAAUCCAGACCCUCACCGUAAAUGUAAAGGGUAUUAAAACUUUGCCAGAUGACCAGACAGAAGUUGUCAUUUAUGUUGUUGAGCAAUCUCCAAAUGGUACUUCAAGAAGAAUUCCAGCUACAACCUAUGCCCAUUUUGAACAAACCAACAUAAAAACACAAUUGCAGCAGCUCGGCAUAACCCUUUCUAUGACUACAACAGAACUUUCUCCUGCGCAGAUCAAACAACUUUUACAGAAUCCUCCUGCUGGUGUUGAUCCUGUUAUCUGGGAACAAGCCAAAGUGGAUAACCCUGAUGCUGAAAAGUUAAUUCCUGUACCAAUGGUGGGUUUCAAAGAACUUCCCCAUAGACUGAAGGUGGUUCAAGAUCAGAUGACUAAGCAGCAUCAGACCAGAUUAGAUACCAUAUCUGAAGAUAUUAGUGAGCUACAAAAGAAUCAAAUCACAACUAUGGCCAAAAUUGCACAAUACAAGAGGAAACUCAUGGAUCUUUCCCACAGAACCUUACAGGUCCUAAUCAAACAGGAAAUUCAAAGGAAAAGUGGCUAUGCCAAUCAGGCUGAUGAAGAACAGUUGCGAGUUCAGCCAGAUACAAUUCAGUGUGAACUGAAUGCACCUACCCAGUUCAAGGGCCCACUAAAUGAACUGAUAGCCCAAAUCAGGAUGCAGAAUAAUUUUGGAGCUGUCAAAUCUGAAGAAAGAUGUUACAUAGAUGCAGAUCUGUUACAAGAAAUCAAGCAGCAUUUGAAACAAUAGCAAGAAGGCCUUAGGGGUCUUCCUCUGGCUCUCCUCUACCGUUCUCCCACUGCGUCUACACCCUGUGAGGAUCCUUGUCCAGGUGCCAAUGGUCCAGGAUAUUUCAGGUGCCAGUAUGUGGCACGAGUAUUUGGCAAUCUCUCAGAUGAAAGGCAACAAAGCACAGUGGAAGGUGGCUUUGAAGUCAGGCAGACUCAGCAUACACAUAAAGGCAUAGCUUCCCAAGGUCCCAUUCUGCUCUAUUAUUUUCUAGUGGCUGAACAUGAGUGCUUCUCAACUGGAGUUACUGGUGCCUUUGGUGCCUUCCAUGGCAAGGCAGCAGGAAAUGGACAAAAUCUGUGGUAUUUGCUCAGGAGAGAACAACAGAAUCUAGGACUUCUGGAUAUGCUGGGACGCUCCAUCCCCUUCCAUACCGUCCUUCGGGAUCACUAG